AAUAUAUUUUAUAUUUAUAUUAUAUAUGUUAAAGAUUAUAUAUAUAUAUAUAUAUAUAUAUUACAUAAAACUGUAUACAUUAUAAUGAAUAUUUAACAUUUAAAAAAAUUUAUAAAAUCAAUAAUUAAAAUUUAUUAAUAAAUAAAUAAUUUAGUUUUUUUUAUUUUAUGUAUUCUAACAAAUUGCAAAUUUUUAUAUAUUUAUAAAAAAUUAACAUAAUAUAAAGAAAAUAUAAACAAUAUUCAAUAUAAAAAUACUCAUGAAAUAUUUAUAUAUAUGAUAAAUUUCUAUUUAAUUUCUUUUUAAUUAUAUAUAUAAUCUAAAAAUGAAUUUAUAUAAAGUUUCACAAUUUAAUUGUACUUAUAUAAAGUUUCACAAUUGUAAAAUAAUUUUCUUUUUUAAUUUUAUAUUUGUAAUUGUAUAAAUGGUAUUUUGGUUUAUUUAAAUGUACAUUUCCAGACAAAAGUAUAAUACAGGACGUAUGAUAUAAAAGUUAAUUCAUAGAGGCGGAUCCGAAAUCAGUAUCGGAUUGUAAUUUCAUGUACCCUAUGUUUCAUAUCUAACCUCCAAUUACAGAAUAAUUUUUUGUAUAUUUUUUUAUUGAAUUAUAUUCCAUUUAUUUAUUUAUCUCUAUAUUUAGAAUUUGUUUUCGAUUUAAAUACAGAUAUGUUUUAUAUUUAAAAAGUACAUUGUACUAAAAGAGUAUUAUGUGCGAUAGAUAGUAGUGGUACAGUCGUUUAAGUUUUUCAUUUAUGUGGCACAGAAUCGCACACACGUUAAAACGCAAAUACGUAAAUGUCAAUCAUAUGGCUAAGUAGAUCAAUGUAUUAUGUGACCGGGCGCAAUUAAAUAAUUUGAAAUAAAGAAAAUUUGUCAUUAAAAUUCGAAAUUAUUAUUAGUAUAUGUACUUACAAUGGAAGGCCACCAGGUAAGAGCGCUAUACGAUUUCACAGGAGAACCAGGAACAUCAGAAUUGUCUAUUACAGCAGGAGAAGUAUUGUCUGUUAUGAGAGAUAAUGUGGGUGAUGGAUGGUGUGAAGGUUUUAAUCAGAGUGGAAAAUCUGGAUUGUUUCCAGCAGCAUAUGUUCAAAUUAUUGAGACUCCAACAUCUGUUCCUAAUGUCAUGAUAUCAUCCCAACAGAGUUCCGGAGAUUAUUGGGAUGAUGAUUGGGAUGAUGAUUCUGAAGUUGGUCAAACACAAGCAUACAUUCCUCAACAACAACAACAACAACAACAACAACAACAUAUGUUACAAUUAUCACAGCAUCAUAGUGUUGAUUACGGAGAUUUAGUUUCUAUACAAACUAUUCAUUCUGUGAUACCUGAAAGGCCUAUACCUAAUAUACCAAAGAAAAACAAUAAAUUUUCUACAUUAAUAAAAUCUGGAGAAGAUAGCUUUUUAUUAGGAAUGAAAGUAGCAAAUGUUCCUGAAAGUGAAAAAAUAUAUAUUGAUGAAAAUGAAAAUGGACGUCAUAGAUGGGUUUCAAGAGGAGAACUUUAUAGUUGUGUAGUUACAUCUCCCAAAAAAGAAUCUAAACUCAAGGGUCUUAAGAGUUUUAUAGUUUACCAACUUACCCCAACGUUUAACAAUAUUCAAGUUUCAAGAAGAUAUAAACAUUUUGAUUGGUUACAUGAACGUUUGGAAGAAAAAUAUUGCUUUAUUCCUAUUCCACCAUUACCAGAUAAACAAAUAUCUGGAAGAUAUGAAGAACAAUUUAUUGAACAUAGACGCACACAACUGCAGGAAUUUGUUGAUUAUGUUUGUAGACAUCCUGUGUUGGCGCGUAGUCGCGUCUGGGAACAUUUUAUAACAUGUACAGAUGAGAAAAGAUGGAAGGCUGGCAAAAGACAAGCAGAAAAAGAUGAAUUGUUAGGUGUAAAUUAUUUUAAUGCUAUUCAAUGUCCUGAAACAACUCUAGAUGUUAUAAAAGUAGAAAUUCAAACAGAUACUUUCAGUAGAUUUAUAAGUGGAUUAGAUCCAGUAGUUAAAAAUUUUAUGGCUAUGGCUGUUGAUCAAACAAAGAAAAACCAAGUUCUAUAUAAAAGAGAAUUUCAGAAAAUUGGUCAAAGUUUUAAUGCAUUAAGCCAUGCAUUGGAAGGAGAUGACAGUAGUCGAGGAAGAUUAACUUAUGCAUUAAAGGUGACAGGAGAUGCUUAUAAUGACAUAGGCAAGUUAUAUGAAGAACAACCUAAAUUUGAUUGGGAACCUCUUGCUGAUAAAUUUCAUAUUUAUAAAGGAAUUAUCAAUAGUUUUCCAGAUGUAAUUAGUAUACAUAAGACUGCUGUUCAAAAACGAAAAGAUUAUGAAAAAUUAGUAAGUGAACACAAAAUGGAGCCGCAACAAUUACGAGAUCUGUCUCAUCGAACAGAUGUAAUUGCACGUGCUCUUCUCGCCGAAGAAAUGCAUUUUCAGACAGAACAAGAGAUUUAUUUAACUCAAACCAUGAAAACACAUCUUACAGAGCAAAUUAGUUUUUAUCAAAAAAUAGUAGAUAAAUUACGGGAAGCGUUAAAUGCAUAUGAAGAGUAAAAUAUAUAUCUAAUUUAAUAUAAAGUUAUGUAUCCAUUGAAGCAAUAUUAAGGAAUUUUUUAUUGUUUCUUGUUGAUAUAUCUACUAAGAUAUUUAUAACAUUACUUAUUUAUAGAAACUUUUGUAUAUAAGCUAUAUAAUCUACAAAAUAUUCAUCUUUUGUUUUGAUUUCAAGACUAUUUUUUUUUAUUUAUUUUUUAACUAAUAAUAAAUUGACCACACCCAAAUCAAUUUAUUGUUACUAAAGAUAAAAUCAGUAAAAAAUUUGCAUCUUGCAAUUGCAUAAUUUAUUGUUAUUAGUAAAAAAAAAAAAAGAAACGAAAAAUAUGGAUUCAACAAAGUUCACAGUUUAAAUUUUAGAAAUUUGGAAACAUGCAAUUUAUAAAUGAAUUGAAACAUAAUGAUUAUUUAUUAACAAAUAAACGAUAUUUUUAAAUUUCAUAUAAUCAAAACAAAUUAAGAAUAUUUAUACAUUUCAGAUAUUUCAUCGAUCUUAUAUGAAAAAUUGAUACAAAUAGAUCAGCAAUAUCAUUUAUAAAACGAUUUCUAGCUGUAGGAAAUUCUUAUUCUCUUCAUUGAUAUACUUUUUUAAUGUAUAUUUUUAUAAAAAAAUUGCAUUGAUAUUAACAAAAUUAUACAUUAUCAUAAAGUAUAUAUACUAAAAAUUCUUCAGAGAAGAAUUUGUUUCUCUUAUCAAAGUUAUCAUUUCCUAUUUUUUUUUAUCUUUAUUUUAUAUUUCGAAUAAAAAUGUUUGUUGAAAACAGUAAAUAUGAAAAAAAUCUGUAGAAAUAUUCGUAACAAGUGGUAAUUUUUUCAAGAAACAUAAAAUAUCAAUAAAAUAUUCUUCAUUAUUGCUUCAAAGGAGAUGCAGUUUAAGAUUGCUUCGUUUAUAAUAUCAUUUGGUAUAAUAUGUAAUAUUCAAAAUGUAUAAACUGUAUGAAAUUUUAAACAUACUUUGUUUAAUUAAGUGAUAACAUUAAUUUUAUAAAUUGCAUAAAGGGGCCAAUAAUUUAUUUUCAGAUAUUAGUAUCAAAAGUAUAACAUAUAUAAAAAUAUGCAAAUAUAUUUUCUAUUUAUAAUAUUUUAUCAUUACUUAUUUCAAUUAUAUGAUUAGAUAUCUUUAAUACAACUAUUCAAACAAAAGAAAAUGAUAUUAAUCUAAAUUAAAAUAAAUUAAAAUAAAUGAAAUAUUAUUAUUUAAAAAGAGAAAAUUAGCAUCUACUAAGCGAUAUUAUUAACGAUGCAUAAUAAUGUGCAUAUCAAUAUCAAUAUUGAUAUGCAUUGUGUAUCAAUAUUAAUGUUACUCUUUCGUGGCUGCUAUUUUUUAAAAUUUAAAAAAAUAUUUUGUAACUUUUUAUUCACAUACUUUAAUUACGAAUAUUAGUUUAACCAUAAUUUUGUUAUUAAGUGUAUACAAUAUCUAAUAUGUCAUUUAUAUAUUUUACUAUAUGAUAUUAACAAAUCCGAUAAACCAAAUUUUAAACAUUAUUAAAAUCAACAUAUAAGUAGAAACUAGAUUAUAUUAAAUUAUAAUCUAGUACAAAAGUUUACAUUACAUUUUAUAAUAAAUAUAUUCUGUAUAGUUUAUUAUUUUUUAUUAAUUUUUUUAUAUAUCAUAAUAAUAGUUAAUAAAUAUUAAUAUUAUUUAUUAAUAUGUAUCUAUGUAUGAAUCAUGUAAUUAUUGUAAAAUAAUUUAAAAUAUUGUAAAGAUUUCACGAAUAUAUUAUCAUGAAUUAAAAGAAUAAGAAAAAAAAUUAUAUUACAAUCAAGUAAAAUAUAAAUAACUGUAAAAAAAUUAAUUAUAUUAUGUAAUGUAAACUUUUUUUAGCAAGUUAUUUAAUAAGUAUUUAUUUAUUAAACUAUUCUUAUUCUAAAUUAAUUGAUUUUUGAAACAUUUUUGAAAAUUGGUUUAAAAAAAUCAACAUAAUCAUCAUAAAUCAUAAGUUGAUCCAUAAUUUUAUAUUUUAUAAAGGCAGCCACUAUAUUGUAAAUUUAUAUUUUGUCUUUAUUAUAUACAAACUAAAAUUAUUACAACAUUUAUUAGUUAACAAAUUAUAAAUUAAAUUAUAUAAUUUUUAAUGCAUUUAAAAUAAUUUGUAUAAAAAAGAUAGCUUAAUUUUAAGCAUACAGAAACAUAAUUUUGUAAAUUUAUUUAUCAUUAUUAUUAUUACCAUUUACAUCAACUAUAUGUUCGUUUUCAUGUCCGAAAUGAAAAUAUCAUUAAAUAUGCAUUAAAUUAAAGUGUAAUUACUUGUUCCAUAAUUUAUCUUCUGAUAUUUUUAUUUUAUUUUUAAUAAUCUUGCAACUUAAUGUCAUUUAAAGAAAUGAGUAUAUUAAUGUGAUAAUCAAAAAAGUUAAGAUAGCUAAUAAAAAUAUAUAUUUAUAUUGAUAUUUGUAUAGUUUUAUAAAUAUAUAUAUAUAUAUUUUAUUCAUCAAUAUCUCAUGAAAUAUCGAAUACUUCAUGUAUAGCACCAUAAUUAAGAAAUUAAAAAAAUUAAUAUGUUAAAUUCAAAAAAUCAAUAUUUACUUUUUAUAUUUAUAUUUUUCUUAUUUUUGAAAAUAUUAAUUGUAAUAUGUUUAAUUUAGAAAUAGAAAUUAUAAAAUAAAAAUUAGAUAUUUUAUAUGUUUUCGAAAAAUUGGCGAUCUCAAUAAUUUUAACACAUUUUUUUUAAUUUUUUAGCAUAUAAUAUGUGUAAUAUAUAUUGGCACUGUAAAUUAAGUUAAUAUAUUCUGAAUAUUAAAAUCUUCUGUAUAGGAUUGAUAAACUCUUUUCAAUAAUUUUUCUAACAUUGAUUUUCUGUAUUAAUUAUAAUUUAACAAUGAAACAUCUGAAUAAUCGUUUCCACAAAUGUAAGCAUAACAAUUACAAGGCUUGUGCAAUGAGAAAAGUUACAAUAGGAAGAAGUUAUUCCUAUAAUCAAUUAAUAAAUAUAGAAGCGUAAAUUACGCUUAAUUUAGAGGCAACAAUUAAAAUAUUUUAACAUUCUCCCUCCCUCGCUCUCUUUUUUUCUUUCAUUCUUUUUUUCUUGCAUUCCAUACACUCUAUCAGUCUGGCGUUGUUUUUUCUUUCAUUGAAUAAAACUGCAAUAACAAGUUGUUUUUUCAUCACUAUUUAAAAUCAACUUAUUUUUAUAAU